GAUAAUAAUGUUUGUUUUGUAAUAGAUUUGGGCAUUCGAAACAAAUCUAACUUUGGAAAUGAAGUUCGCUACGAAAUAUCCAGAUGUAAUUCCAAGAAUGGUCAGUUGAAAAAUGCCGAAAAUGUUAGCUUCUACUGCCAUUGAUAACAUGUUGAAGUCAAAUGAGUUGGAGGUUAAUUUUACAUUGAUUCCCACCGAAGCCGAACUUGAGGAGACCUAUUGGAAAGAGUUGAAACUGAUCGUUGAAGAAGAUGAGAGUGCUUCACGCUAUUUCAAAAGAGACAAUGCUAAACAUGAUGUCGAGCCAUAUCAUGCAUUCCACCAACACUCUUCUAGAGCAUCUCAACCACCACCAUUUUCUCAUGAGAUGAACAUAGUAGAUUUAUUUAGAAUAGAAAUGAAAAACUUGAGGGAAGGUGACAAGCAGUCAUAUCAACUCGACUUGAUCGGGUGGAGAAAAUGGUUGACAGGUUAGUAAUAUUGGUUAUGGUGGGUCGAUUCCAUUCAGCGACUAAUGCAUUUAAUGGUGCCGUUAGUAGCAUAGCUUAUGUACCAGAACUGAAUUGAAGGGUGGGUUGGAAAAGAAGGCUAGAUUUGAUGACGUGUCUACAGAUGAAAGAAAGGUAGAAGAGCCUCGGAGGACCCUAACCACGAAGAGAAGGUCAGAGGAAAGAAUGGAGGAGAGAAGGAACCUGAGAUUGGAUCUGAGAAUGAUAUGGAAGAGUAAGAAAAAGAAAAAAAAAUGAUCGAAGAUGAUGUUGGAAAAGAAACAAUAGUUUAGGAGGAGCAUCAUGACAUGGAGAAAGGUAUCGCUGAUUUUGUGACGCCUGAGAAACAUGAAGUGGAUGCGAAGAAAUUCGAUUAAGGUGACAUUGUACAAAUCAAAGAGGUAGAAUGUGAUUCAUCGAAAGGACGAGGGUAUCUUCCAAAGAGAAAAGCACGUAUAUUGUGUUUUCCCUUUACGGACUUGACAAAGAGGAGAAAGUUGUCGGAUAUCAAUCUAUAUGAUCCUUAUCGAGAAGUGGGCCCCAUGAAGGUUGAGGCUC